AACUUCCUCAAGGACCGGGGCCGCCACCAGGAAGCUAUCCAUCACUACAAUACUGCUCUCAGACGUGCAUGCCUGUGUGUGUGUGUGUGUGUGUGUCGGCAUCACACGUGUUGACAACCCUGGGGAACGACGGACUCCACUCACCUCCGACCUUCAUCUCUCCCCGACCGCUCUCCGUCCCAUCACAUCCAACCGUCUCUUUCAGUCUCCUCCCUCCGUCUUCUCAGCCUCCCACAACCGUCUUCUAUGACCCCCCCUCUCCCCCCCUUAUGUAGCUACGUGUGCAGCUAGCAGGGACGUGCUCAUGUCAUUCCUGAGCCAGAUCUCCAGUGUGAACACAAGCUCCAGGCUAGCCGGCAGCACGCGAUACAAAGACGUCGCUGCUAAUCCCUCUACUGUGGAUGAGCCAACAACCCUGUUCUGCUUUCAUCAGGGUCCAAAACACACACACACACCCUACUCCCGGAGCCCAGCCCACAGCAGACCCACUCCCCCAAUAGAAACCCUGUCCUUCGUCCUCGACGGUUUUGUCAGCUGGAUAGGAAGGUUGUACCCGCGUCACGCUAGCGCCAUGAACAACCUGGGCACCCUGACUGGAAACCCCCUGGAGGCCGAGCGCUACUACAGGAGAGCGCUGGAAACCAACCCUCAACACAACCGAGCCCUGUUCAACCUGGGAAACCUGCUCAAGUCCCAGGGGAAACAGGAAGAGGCGGAGUCUCACCUGAGGGAUUCCAUUCGCUUCGGCAUGCAGUUUGCCGACGCCUACUCCAGCCUAGCGUCUCUCUAUGCAGAGCAGAAGCGCUUUGCAGAGGCCAACAAAGUUUACUUGCAGGGCAUUGAGAACUGCCCGGAGAGUUCUGACCUGCAUAACAAUUUUGGAGUUUUCCUGGUAGAUACGGGAGAGGGGGAGAGAGCGGCGGCCCACUACCAGCGCGCCGUGCGACUCAAACCGGCGCAUUACGUCGCCAUGGUGAACUUGGGUCGCCUGCUCCGCUCAUCCAACGACAACAAGGAGGCGGAGCUGUGGUAUAAGAGGGCCCUGCAGGUGACCAGGAAGGUGGAUAUCCUGACGCCACUAGGGGCGCUCUACUACAACACUGGCCGCUACGAGGAAGCCCUGCAGGUGUAUCGCGAGGCUGCCACUCUGCAGCCAGACAGCACCGACAUCUGGCUGGCUCUGGCCCAGGUGCUAGCCAUGGCAGGCCGCCCUAAAGAGGCAGAGAAGAUGACCCUCGGGAUCAUCUCAAAGCAGGGGGGCUGCAUCGAGUGCUACCGCCUCCUCUCUGCCAUCUACAGCAGACGCGGAAACUACACACAGGCGCUAGAUGCUCUGGAUCAGGCCCUGCAGCAGCAGCCCAGCGAUCUGUCCGUGAGGGCGGAGCUCCACUUUUCCAUGGGCAACCAGCUGCGAGAGAUGAACCUGCUGGACAGGGCCUUUGAGAGCUACAGGCUUGCUGUGGAACUCAAACCGGACCAGUCCCAGGCCUGGAUGAACAUGGGGGGCAUUCAACAUAUCAAGGGGGACUAUGCUGGAGCCAGGAUGUACUACCAGAGGGCUUUGACCCUGACUCCCAGCUCCAAGCUCCUGAAGGAGAACCUGGCCAAGCUCGACCGCCUGGAGAGAAGGCUGACAGGGGGGGCCUAGGUGACACAGGCCCACUCAGACUGCACCGUCCUGGGCCAUCGAUCAAGGUUCUGCAGACCCUGGAUGACAAUCAGCCGCUAUCAAGCUGCUGGCCAGACUAAGACGUUGGAUCUGAAUCUGUGUAAACCGACAUGGACGAAGACAUGGAGUUGAUUGUGGUUUGGCUGCAGGGUGGGGAAGAAGACUGGGUGUGUG